UUCCUGUCCUUCUUGGAUACAUACAUUUCUUCUGUUAUCACACCUAAGAUGAUAGUAUACUUGAUCUAUGAGAGGAAAACCAUUUCCUUCAAAUGUUGCAUAACACAGGUCUUUGCUGUGCACUUCUUGACUGUGGUGGAGGUGAUUGUCUUCAUAGCCAUGGCCUAUGACUCCUAUGUGGCCAUUUGUAAGCCCUUCCAUCAUAAACAGGACAUAAACAUUUUCAUCAUUUUGGUGUUUGCCAACAGUGGGUCUAUCUGCACCAUAAUCUUCUCCUUGUUGCUGAUCUCCUAUGGUGUCAUCUUGUUUACUCUGCGAGCUCACAGUUCUGAAGGCCAACAUAAAGCUUUCUCCACAUGUGGAUCCCACAUGACUGUCGUGGUUUUGUUUUUUGUCCCAUGCAUAUUAAUAUAUGCACAACCUACAUCCUCAUUCUCCUUUGAGAAAAAUGUAGUUAUAUUUGCUACUUUACUAAGAUCAUUGCUCAGUUCUAUGAUUUACACUUUCAGGAAUAAGGAAACGAAAAAUGAGAUCAAGAAAAUGUGGAAGAGGUUGAUAGUGACUUCUAAUAAAUGUUAA